GACCAGUAAGAUCGAUCAGUAGCAAUGGCGCCCUCCAAGCUCGCCCUCUUCCUCGCCCUGAACCUGGUCCUCCUUGCCGCCGCGCAUGGCUGCGAGCCCUACUGCCCACCGGUCGUCCCUACCCUGCCGAUCCUCCCACCGUCCGUGCCGUCGACUGGCGGGGGCAGCUGCUCGAUCAACACGCUAAAGCUGGGCGUGUGCGCCAAUGUGCUGAACCUGCUGAAGCUCAAGAUCGGUGUGCCGGCGAACGAGGAGUGUUGCCCGCUCCUGGCCGGGCUCGCUGACCUCGACGCGGCCGUGUGCCUCUGCACCGCCAUCAACGCCAACAUCCUUGGCAUCAAGCUGAACGUCCCCAUCGACCUCGUCCUCCUCAACCAGUGCGGCAAGAAGUGCCCCUCCGACUUCACGUGCCACAUCUGAUCCAGCCAACCAUCGAUGAAUGUUAUACAUGCAUAA